AUGACUUCCAAAGACCAUAAUGUCGAGGAGCGCCAGGCCGAUCAGGCCGUCCGACAGUCGCUUCAAGACGAGGUCAUGAAUGAGAAGGCAGCCGCCAUGCAUGCAGAGAACUUCCAUGAAGCUGCAGAAAGAGGCCACACUGCUACUGACAAAUAUGGCCACUCCCUUGUUACAUUCGAUCCAAAGGCCGAAGCAAAACUGCGCUGGAAGAUUGAUCUCUACGUCGUGCCGACGGUCUCUCUUCUCUACCUCUUUUGCUUCAUCGACCGCGCUAAUAUCGGUAACGCCAAGCUCGCUGGCCUCGAAAAAGACAUUCAUUUGACGGGUUACGAUUAUAACAUUGUUCUCUCUACCUUCUAUAUCAGCUAUAUCCUCUUUGAGUUGCCGGCAAACAUGGCCUGCAAGUACUUUGGCCCUGGAUGGUUUCUCCCCACCACCUCGCUUGCUUUCGGAAUCUUUUCCAUCUGUACGGCCUUCGUCCACCACAUGUCCGCGGCGUGUGGCGUACGUUUCCUCCUAGGUAUAGCCGAGGCCGGCAUGCUUCCAGGUAUUGCAUAUUAUAUGUCUCGAUGGUACCGUCGCAGCGAAUUGGCAUUUCGGCUAUCGCUUUACAUUGUCAUGGCACCCCUCGCCGGAGCUUUUGGAGGUCUUUUGGCUUCUGCAAUCCUAAAGCUUAGCCAUUUUGGAGGCCUCCAUGAAUGGCGGAUGAUCUUUGCCAUUGAAGGCAUCAUCACCUGUGGUCUUUCGCUCAUUUCCUUCUUCACCCUGACUGACCGGCCGGAAACCGCGAGAUGGCUUAGUCAAGAAGAAAAAGACCUUGCAAUUGCCAGAGUCAAGUCUGAGCGUGUUGGCACGACCGAGGUGCUCGAUAAGUUGGACAUGCCCAAGAUUCUCCGUGGCAUCUCGAGCCCGGUCACUCUCGCCACAUCCUUCAUCUUCCUUCUCGACAACAUCACCGUCCAAGGGCUGGCCUUCUUCCUCCCGACCAUUGUGAAGACGAUCUAUCCCAAGAACUCAGUCGUGUCUCAACAACUGCACACCGUCCCGCCGUAUGUUGUGGGAGCCUUCUUCAUCCUUCUUUUUCCCUUGCUCUCGUGGCGAUACGACCGUCGCAACAUCUUCAUCAUCCUCUCGACGCCGUUAAUGAUGGCGGGAUACAUCAUGUUCCUGGCCAGCACAAAUGCCAGCGUCCGUUAUGGGGCAACAUUUCUCAUUGCAGCCGGAGCUUUCUCAUACGGUGCGCUCUGCAACGCCCAAGUUUCCGCAAAUGUCGUCUCAGAUACGGCCCGCUCAGCCGCCAUUGGCACGAACGUCAUGUUUGGAAACGUCGGCGGGUUGAUUUCUACCUGGUCUUUCCUGCCCUUUGACGGGCCCAACUAUCAUAUUGGCAACGGAUUGAAUUUAGCUACCUCGUCGACGAUCUUGAUUUCUGCCAUUCUCCUGCUGUUCUGGAUGUGGGCGGAUAAUAAGCGGAGGGAGAAGAAGGAUGUCGAUGCCGAGUUGGAUGGCCUGUCAUUGAAGCAGGUACAGGAUCUUGACUGGAAGCAUCCUGCCUUCAGGUGGAGGCCAUGA